AUGUUGAGCAAGGGACGUCUCUACAUCGCAAAGGUCUUCUCCAUCUAUUCACAAGGCAGAGGCAAAUCAGCAGCGCAUGCCUGGCAACAGAGCUCAAUAAGUAUUGGUGCUGUGUCUUAUAUUUCUGCUCAACUAUACGAGCAGUCUUAUUCCUCAACAUUCUGA